CAUAGAGCACAGUCCCUCACAUCACACAGCUGCAGAGAUGAAUAAACAAAGAGGAACCUACUCAGAAGUGAGUCUGGCCCAGGACCCAAAGAGGCAGCAAAGGAAACUUAAGGGCAAUAAACGCUCCAUUUCAGGAACCGAACAGGAAAUAUUCCAAGUAGAAUUAAACUUUAAAAAUGCUUCUUUGGAUCAUCAAGGGAAUGACAAGACAUAUCACUGCAAAGGUUUACUGCCACCUCCAGAGAAGCUCACUGCUGAGGUCCUAGGAAUCAUUUGCAUUGUCCUGAUGGCCAUGUUAAAAACAAUAGUUCUUGUUCCUUGUAUUGGAGUACCGGAGCAGAACAAUUUUUCCCUGAAUAGAAGAAUCCAGAAAUCAUAUGAUUGUGGCCAUUGUCCUGAGGAGUGGAUUACAUACUCCAACAGUUGUUACUACAUUGGUAAGGAAAAAAGAACUUGGGAGAGAGUUUGCUGGCCUGUGCUUCGAAGAACUCUGAUCUGCUUUCUAUAG